AUGAUUAAUAGAAUUCCUCUACCCAUUGAUGAUGUUGAACAGCAAAUUAUUGAAAUUUUAACAGAAAGCGAGUCCUCCAUUAUUAUAGGAGAGACUGGAUCUGGCAAAAGUACACAAAUUCCACAAUUAUGUGCUAGAGCAGGCUUACUAUCAGAAGGUAGAGUUGGCAUCACUCAGCCUAGACGAGUUGCGGCUAUAUCACUAGCGCACAGAGUAGCGGAAGAAGUAGGAAGUACCGUGGGAGAGAAGGUUGGAUAUCAUGUACGCUUCGAAAAAAUGUAUAACGAUAACACGGAGAUAUGUUACAUGACUGAUGGUAUACUUUUAAGAGAGGCGAUGCAGGAUCCAUAUCUGUCAGAAUAUUCUGUAAUACUGAUUGAUGAAGCACAUGAGAGAAGUUUACAUACAGAUAUCAUGUUAAGUGUUCUACGUAUAUGUCAACGUCAGCGUAAGGAAAAGGGAGCCAAUCCCCUUAAAAUUGUUAUUAUGUCUGCGACUAUGCAAGCUGAUCUAUUUUCAAAAUAUUUCAAUAAUGCUCCUAUAUAUGUUAUCAAAGGAAGAACUUUCUCAGUCGAUGUUUAUCAUGCUAACAGCAUUGAUCCUAAAUCGGCUGAUUAUGUUUAUAAUGCUAUCAUCUGUAUUAAGGACAUUCAUGCCACUGAACCAUUGACAGAUGACGUAUUGGUUUUUCUGACAGGAAGAGAAGAAAUUGAAAUGGCGGCCCGGAAGUUGAGAGAGCUGAAUAUGGAACUGACUAACAAGUUAUUCCCCGUUCCUCUUUUUGCUGCUCUGACGGGAGCUGCUCAAAUGAAAGCUUUCAAGCCUGCUCCAGAGGGUCAACGCAAAGUUGUGCUAGCUACAAAUAUCGCUGAAACUUCUCUUACAAUACCCGGUAUUAAAAUUGUCGUGGAUUCCGGAAAAGUCAAAAGCAGAUCCUUCACAGCCAAAACUAAAAUUGAUGUUUUAAAAGUUCAUGACAUCAGUCAAGCGCAAGCUGUGCAACGAUCAGGUAGAGCUGGCCGUGAAGCACCGGGAAAAUGUUAUAGGCUUUAUCCUGAAUCGCAUUAUGAUCAAAUGGAGGCAACAAGCAUACCAGAAAUACUUAGAAGCAAUUUAUCUGCGGUGAUACUAGAACUUUUAUCUAUGGGUUUGAAAAGGCCAAGAAAUUUAAAAUGGAUUGAACCUCCUUCAGAGGACAGUAUCCUUGCGGCUGAAAAAGAGUUGCUGGCUUUAGGUGCUAUCAAACUACACAAAAAAAUCACAAAAUUAACCGAAGAAGGUAGAAAGAUGUCUAGGUUCCCCUUGGACCCAGAGCAGGCUAAAGUAUUAUUGUAUGCUGCGGAGCUGGAUUGUCUAGAGGAAGCGCUAUCAGUGGUAUCCAUGAUGUCUAUUGAAAGUGUUUUCGAGUUCGACUGUAAGGGAACACCUGAAGAAAUUGAGAGAGCUAGAAAUCGAUUCACAACAAACGAAGGAGACCAUUUGACGUUCUUGAAUGUAUAUCAAGCAUUUUCACAAGAAAAAAGAAAAAAUAAAGGAAAAUUAAAGGAGUGGUGUAGUGCAAACUUUUUAAGUUUGAAAAAUUUAACAACAGCAGCGAAGAUUAGGAAGCAAUUACGUGAAAUAUGUUCCGGUGAAAAGCUUCAAGUCAAAUCAUGCGGAGCGAAUAGGGAUAAAUUAAGACAAGCUCUUGCUUGCGGCUUAUUCAUGAAUGUUUGUGAGUACAAUAGACAAGACGAUCGUUAUAAGUUAAUCAUCCGUCCUGCAACAACUAUUAAAAUUCACCCAGCUUCAACAUUAUCAAGGUCGAAGCCUACUCACAUAGUGUUUUCGGAUUUAGUCAAAACAACGGAUUUAUACGCCAGAAGUAUUACAAUAAUAGACUCUGAAUGGGUUCGGCCAGUUUUAGAGAAGUAUAAGAUCACUCAAUGA